GUGAACGUGUGCCUUAGAUAUACGAAAAGCGUAACUGCCGUUUAGCCGCGAUCGCCGAGGAAAAGGUGAAUAGAUAUAACGAUGGUAGAUACGCAACACUUUUGUCUGCGAUGGAACAAUUACCAAAGCAGUAUAACGUCGGCGUUUGAAAACUUGAGGGACGAUGAAGAUUUUGUGGACGUCACACUGGCCUGCGAUGGCAAAAGCCUCAAAGCGCACCGCGUCGUACUUUCCGCUUGCAGUCCCUAUUUUAGAGAAUUGCUCAAGAGCACACCGUGUAAACACCCGGUGAUAGUACUUCAGGACGUAGCGUUCAGCGACUUGCACGCUUUGGUGGAGUUCAUCUAUCACGGGGAAGUGAACGUGCAUCAACGUUCCCUUAGCAGUUUUUUGAAGACUGCCGAAGUCCUCAGGGUAUCGGGACUUACGCAACAGGCAGACCAAACCGAGAGGGACGAGGUAAGCAUUUCUCUUAUCGUUUCUCUCCCUCUCGUUCUCUCUCCUUUCUUCACCCUUGCCGUAUAUCGUUCUUUUCCCCGGGGUGGUUCUCCACCCACGCCAGUAACCCCGACACCGACGACCGUGCAGCAAUUGCUACGCAGAGCGCAGAUACGCAGGAACGAGAGACGAACGCCGGAUCCUCACGAUGAGUCGGCGAAGAAGCCGAGGGUGCCGUCGCCACCGCUCAACAACAACGACGCUACGCCCACGGAUUUCUCUAUGGUGAAGAACAACCAUCUGUCGAGCAAGGUCGAGGGGAACGGCGUGCACGAGGAGAACAGCCCCCUGGAAGACAAGAUCAAAUGCGAGCCAUUGGAGCUGACAGGUGGUAACAGUGGUAACGGGGGCAACAACGAAGAUUCGUCGGACUCUGGUGCUGCGGCGUCGGACCGACCACCCGCAUCGGCCAGCAGUAACGAGCACGAGGCCGAAUCCGAACACACGUCCACAUCGAAUUUUUUGUCCGAAACGAAACUCUUCCCGCCCACGCCUGGAGGCUUUAAUUUCAGUAUGGCGGCGCUAGCCACGGAGCCAACACCAUUGUCAGUGAAAUUUCCAGGAUUGGGCCAUGGGUUGCAACCACCGGACUUGGCAGGAACUUCGCAAGACCGGGAGGUCGCCGAGGAGGACGGGGGUUGGCAGUCCGCUACCAACGGAGACAAUCAACGGCAAACCGGCCAAUCGAGCCAAAGUACAGGAACUAGUCAGUGCGAGAUGAUGCAGGGGCACCAGCAGCACCAGGAGCUGCCCAUUAUCGAUCUCUUAGACGACAUUAACGAUCAGAUGCAGAUCGAGCUCAAGUCGGAACCUCUCUCGCCCAAGAUAGACGAGCUCGAGUCCUGUCUGCUCAGCGAGCAAAUCGAUCUGCAGUCGGAUCGCGGCUCGACCAACAAUUCUACUAACGGUCCGCGCACCCGUCAGCAGACCGGUAGCAACAACAAUAACAACAGGCAACACCAGCAGCAACAGCAAUCGAGGACGACACCGUUGAACGAAACCGUUCCAUUCGCUGAUCUUCGCUGGCUAACGCAGAACGGAAACGUUCAGCCAGCGUCGAAGACUCGCGACGCCUCCAGGACGCAUGUCGAGCAAGAGCUCAAGUACUCGAGCCGUUCGAUCAGCGGUACUUACUGUAGCUUCUGCCAGAAGACUUUCUCCCGUGCCUGGUCCCUUCAGAGGCACCUGGCGGACACGCAUUUUUACGUGCCGCAAUCGCUGUCCUGCGAUCAGUGCGGCAGGAGUUACAAGUCGAGGAACAGUCUGGUCAGUCACAAGAGUCAGUACCACGCGAGGAAAGAGCGAAAGGAACACGAGGAACAGUGCGAGGUCACGUAUUGA